CCGCGGCCAGGGGCCGGUGUCCCGGAGCUGCCGGCCGGGGUUCCCGGCCCUUACGUAACGGGAGCCGGCAGCCUCCGGAGGGGGGCGGGAGGGCGCCGGCGCGCCGGCUUCCCCGCGGCUGGCAGACUAAACACAGCCGCCGCCUCCCUCUCCUCCUCCUCCUCCUCUAGGAGCUGGGAGUUGUCCUCCCCUCGGCCGGGUCGGCUCCGGUGCCGCAGGUGGGCUCCGGCCCCGCUCGGUGGCUCCGCGGCUGGAGCGCCUUGCCCGUGCGGCCGCGGGAGCUGCGAGCGCACGGCUCGGGGCUGGGAGCGAUGGAAAGUUACUCGGCGUGAGCUGUGCGCGGGGAUUGCGCUCUGGGGAACGCGGCUUGCCUUGGUUUCCCUCGCCGCUGCUUUGGGUUGGGCUCAGCCAGCUGCUCUACGUGGAAUUUUGCAUCUGCCUUUGUAGUGUGUGGUGAGGUGAGAGCUGUUGAGCAAUGGCAUUCAAGAAGGUUUGGUGUGCCCUAGCCCUGGGAUUUCUGCUGCCUUUCUCUUGUGCCCACACGGACUUCUUCACUUCCAUUGGUCAUAUGACAGACUUAAUUAAUACAGAAAAAGAUCUGGUUGUGUCACUCAAAGAUUACAUUAAAGCAGAGGAAAGCAAGCUGGAGCAGAUCAAAAAAUGGGCAGAGAAGUUGGAUCAGCUGACAGCUACUGCCACAAAAGACCCAGAGGGGUUUUUGGGCCAUCCUGUGAAUGCAUUCAAGUUGAUGAAAAGGCUCAACACAGAGUGGGGUGAGCUGGAGAGCCUGGUGCUCAAGGACAUGUCAGAUGGCUUUAUCUCCAACAUGACCAUCCAGAGGCAGUUCUUCCCCAACGAUGAGGAUCAGACUGGGGCAGCCAAGGCCCUCCUGAGGCUGCAGGACACCUACAACCUGGACACAGACACCCUCUCCAGGGGGAACCUGCCAGGUGUGAAGCACAAAUCCUUCCUAACAGCUGAAGAUUGCUUUGAGCUGGGCAAGAUUGCCUACACAGAGGCUGACUACUACCACACAGAGCUGUGGAUGGAGCAAGCCCUGAAGCAGCUGGAUGAGGGAGAAGUGUCCUCUGCAGACAAAGUCUACAUCCUGGACUACCUGAGCUAUGCUGUGUACCAGCAGGGGGACCUGGCCAAGGCCAUGGCACUCACCAGGCGCCUCCUGGAGCUGGAUCCUGAACAUCAAAGAGCAAACGGGAACAUGAAAUACUUUGAGUACAUCAUGGCUAAAGAAAAAGAGGCAAACAAGUCCAGCACGGAUUCAGAAGAGCAGGAGAAGGAAACUGAGGUUAAGAAAAAGGAUUACCUGCCUGAGAGAAGGAAGUACGAAAUGCUGUGCCGUGGGGAGGGGCUCAAAAUGACUCCCCGCAGACAGAAGAGGCUCUUCUGCCGCUACUACGACGGGAACAGGAACCCCAGGUACAUCCUGGGCCCUGUCAAGCAGGAGGACGAGUGGGACAAGCCCCGCAUCGUUCGCUUCCUGGACAUCAUCUCCGACGAGGAGAUCGAGACCGUGAAGGAGCUGGCCAAGCCCAGGCUGAGCCGUGCUACUGUUCAUGACCCUGAGACUGGGAAACUGACCACAGCACAUUACAGAGUCUCUAAGAGCGCGUGGCUCUCGGGCUACGAGAGCCCGGUCGUGUCCCGCAUCAACACCAGGAUCCAGGACCUCACAGGGCUCGAUGUCUCCACUGCAGAGGAGCUGCAGGUAGCCAACUACGGCGUAGGAGGCCAGUAUGAGCCUCAUUUUGAUUUUGGAAGGAAAGAUGAGCCAGAUGCCUUUAAAGAAUUGGGAACAGGCAACAGAAUUGCUACUUGGUUGUUUUAUCCUGAACUCACCUGUCCUUCCCCACCUGUUCAGAUGAGUGAUGUGUCAGCAGGGGGAGCCACGGUCUUCCCUGAAGUGGGAGCCAGCGUUUGGCCGAGAAAGGGUACAGCUGUGUUCUGGUACAAUCUCUUCCCGAGCGGAGAGGGCGAUUACAGCACGCGGCACGCGGCCUGCCCGGUGCUAGUGGGGAAUAAAUGGGUCUCCAAUAAGUGGCUCCACGAGCGGGGGCAGGAGUUCCGCCGGCCGUGCACGUUAUCGGAGCUGGAAUGAGGCAGCCCGGGCUCCCGAGCACUCAGGGUGUGCAGCUGCACCCUCCUGCCAGUUUACAACUGACUAACAAACACUCCACUCCAGGUUCACCCAGCUCAGCUGUGGACAGGACAAACGUGCUUUUGGUUCCCUCCAAAUCCCCCCCAAGGUUUAUCGACAGAAAAUACCGAGGCUGACAAGUGUUACUGAAACAAACAAAAAAAAAGGACAAAAUACAGAUAAAUACAGAUGAGGGCCACAACUUACAGUGGUGUUGUGUGUGGUGUUCCUGUCACCAUCAUCCCUCUGAGCAGUGUGGGCAGCCAGGGGUUGGCUGGAGUCCUCCUCACACCUGCCAGGCUUAGGGCAGGAUCAUUGCCUGGGGGGCUCCCUCUGAGGAAUGCUGAAUGAAACCCUUUCCUAUUCCUCAAUUCCCACACACUUGACUCUUUGCUUUCCUAGAGUGCCUGACCACUGCAGGCUUACUUUGCUGGAAAACAGGCUAUUAGCAUGUUUUAGCCUGGUUUUCCACUUCCACAAAAGCCCCACUUUUUAAACUUGUCUUCCUUCUCAGCCUGUGUGUAGAAUUUGGCUCUGAAUCGUGACCACAUGACAGCAGUUCCACAGGCAGAGUCAGGAUGCUUCCCCAGUGUCAGAGCAGCCUGGGAACACCCACAGCCCAUCUCCCCUCCUCUUCUGCAAUGUUUGUCCUCAAGAACAAAUGCUGCUUUUGUUCUGUCCUGGCAGCCAGCUCUUCCCUCUGCUCCUCGGGCAGUGGGGAUGGGGAUGUUCCCACCUUCAUUAAUCAAAAUUGUCGUGCCUUAGGACACUGGAAUUUCAAAUUGGUUCUGAGACUUCAGGUGCUGAGGUAACACAGAGUCCUCACAGAAUGCUCCCUGCCCUCAUCCUCCUCCCAGCUCUUGAGGUUUCAGGAGAAACCCUCGACCUAUUUAUAGUCCUGAACCUUUUUUAGAUGCAGGCUCACUUUCCUCAACCCUUUCCCUUCCACAGGAGGAUUUUUAGCAAAAUAUCCAAAUAUCUCACUAGCAUGAGGACAAAAAUCAAAGGAAACUGCACCUGCCUCUACCUGAACAGUCCAAUUUUCUGGAUGAUGAUGAUUUUACUGAUUUAGGGGUCAAGCCUGAAGUCUUUACCAAGGGUAAAAUUCCAAUUUUGGUUAAUUGAAUUUUCUGCCUCAAUAAAAUCUUGACAGUUGAGCCAAAAUGUACAAAACCUAUUGUUAAAUGUGCUAGAAAUACCUCUGGAUUACUGGGAAUGCAGUUUAAGGUACUAUAGUUGGAGGAACUGCAUACUUUCAGAAGGUCUUUGCUGGAAAAUAAUUGUUAAAUUUCUACUGAGCCUGGUAGCAGUGGGACCCACAGAUCUGCCCCUCCUUAGCCCUGCACCUUCCUGAACUUUGCCUGGCUUUGGCAGCUGGAAACAAGGUCCAUCCAUAAAGUGAGAACACAAAGUCUGCACAGUCCCACCUCACAUCUGCACUGCUCAUUCACCAAGAGCAGGAGCUGAUCUGAAAUUCACCCAGAACUGCAUUAGCAGAGCUGAUCUUUGAGCACUAAAUUGUAAUAAUGUAAAAAACCCCAAACCCAUAAGAUUUGUGCCUACCUGAGUUUUCUCACUGUUUUAUCUGUCUCUCUUCCUUUCCAUGGUUCUCUCUUUUCUCUUUCCCAUCUCUUAGUUUAUUGAGCUCCAAAAAGGUAACCAUGGCUGCAGGUACUUCCCACCACGUCCCUGCAGGUGAAAGGGGACAAUGAACAGUGGGAACAGUUGGGAAUUCUGCCUUUGGGGCAUCCAGAAAUGCUUGUAGGAAAGCCAGUCCUACCUAGUAAAGGAGCACAAAACAAAAUCCCUUGUAUUGCCAUCAGGAACUGGUGUGGAAAGCACCUGAUUUGCUCUUGCUGUCCCAUCUUUGUUCAACAGUCACCAAAGCAUGAGAAAAACCAGAGUUGGAGAAUUUUGUUCAGCAGUUCCUCACCUCAAUACCAGUGAGUACUCCAGUGUUAAACAGCAUCAGUCCCAGGCACUGCUUGGGGAGUACAAAUGUUCUGCUGCACGACUUUUUAAAGCAGUGAACCAUUCACAGAUAAUUCUUCAGGAAAGAAUUUUCUACUUUCGACAGUAGAAAAAUUUUACUUGGUUAAAGGAAAAAAAAAUCUCUCAAAAUGAAAUCUCCAGUCUGCUGGGACACAUCAGGAAUGUUCCAGAUUAUGACAACAGGGUUGGCUUAGAUUUUUAAACUGCAGACAAUCUCUGUUUCCUCUCCCUCCACUGCAGUGGUGUCCAUGCCUCCAACAUUGACUGUGUAAGGGAUUACACUGGUGCUGGUGCUUCUGCCUUAUCCCAUCAUUUCUCAGAGGGCUUUUGGAUCCCCAGUGUGGCUCCUGUGUGAAUCUAGUUUUGUAUUAAACAUGAUUGAAAACUGUCUGGGCUCACAGUGACUGACAACUGCCUUACUGUUACAUUUUUUUGUAAUAAAAUUUUUAAUGUAAAAAAAAAAAAGUGAACAGGCUUAAAAUAAAAGCCACUGCCAUUAGCAGUGAGAAAUCCUCCACA